UGGGCUCCCUGGAGCAGGGGAGUGGCCUUUGGCUACUGAAGGGCUUAACCAAGCUUCCCACCCCUACACAUCCCCAGAGGACGAGAUGAUCCUGCAGGGCCAACUUCCAUGCGUCCCAAAGCCCCCUCAGCGGCUGCCAGCCCUGCACUCCAUCCUGCUGAGUAAAGUUGGAGGUCCCCUAAACUGGUAUCGGAACAUGGAACGGAACUGGAAGUGGAGCUGCAGAAGCAUUGGUCGGAAGAUCCUGAUCCCGGCCCUGAUGGUAACAGCAGAGAAGGAUGUCGUUCUUACUCCUGAGAUGUCCAAGCACAUGGAGAACUGGAUCCCCCACCUGAAAAGAGGGCACAUUAAUGAUUGUGGGCACUGGACACAGAUGGAGAAGCCCACUGAGGUGAACCAGAUCCUCAUUGACUGGCUGGAGACUGAAGUCAAGAACCGACCAGUCUCCAAGAUUUAGCCUGCGGCUUCCAUCCCUUGUCACCACGAGGAGUGAAGGAGUUUGCCAAAAAGUGAUUUUUCUUGCAAAGAAGUCGAUCAAAUGUAAUUUGGUGUAAUUUUAGAUCCAGGAGAAAUUGUGUGUGAUUAAUCAUCUGAGUAUAAUUGCCCCAUCUGUUUAUCUCUAAGAACAGUUAGUGUCCUGUCAGGACAGAAUGGGGGCACCCCUAAGGUGAUUUCUCUUUGAGUGACCAAUGCAUAGUUUUGUAGCAAAAUCCACAGUUCAUGAUGAAGAGUGGAGAUUAGGAAUCUUUAUCAAU